AUGGAACCAGGGAAUCGCAGUGAGUUGACAGAAUUCAUUCUCCUUGGACUUUCUAGUGACCCUUCUGUGCAAACUCUCCUUUUCUUCGUGUUCCUGGCCAUCUAUGUGAUGGCGCUGGUUGGUAAUGGGCUCCUCAUCAUGGCCGUGAAGAAAGACCAUCGCCUGCACACUCCAAUGUACUUCUUCUUGGCCAACCUGUCCCUCAUGGACAUCUGCUACACCUCAGUGAUUGUCCCCAAGAUGCUGGGGAACCUCCUGGCGGGGAAGAAAAGUAUCAGCUACAAUGGCUGUGUCCUCCAGAUCUUCUUCUACCUCUUCCUGGGACAAAGCGAGUGUAUUCUCCUGGCCUUCAUGGCCUACGAUCGCUACGUUGCCAUCUGCUGGCCCCUGAGUUACAGUGCGGUUCUGAACAAAGCAGCCUGUGCCAAGAUGAUCACUGCCUCAUGGGUGGCUGGUUGUAUUAUAUCUGCAGUUGACAUUGGCAUUACAUAUCGCUUGACCUUCUGUGGACCAAAUACAAUAGACCAUUUCUUUUGUGAGGUUACAUCCCUCAUCCAACUCUCCUGCUCCGAUGUCACCACCAAUGUCAUCAUGACGUUUGUUGGAGGUGCCAUACUGCUACUCAUUCCUCUUUUACUCAUUCUCUUUUCUUAUGUGCAAAUUCUCAUUGCCACCAAGCAAGUAACUUCUGGAAGAUCUAAAGUCUUCUCCACUUGUUCUUCUCAUUUGAUUGUGGUGGUGCUGUUCUAUGGCACAGCAACGUUCAUGUACAUGAGGCCCAGACAUUCAGCAGAACAAACAGAUAAAAUAGUGUCAGUGUUUUAUACAGUUGUCACCCCAAUGCUGAACCCCCUGAUUUACAGCCUACGAAAUAGAGAGGUUCAUUGCGCCCUCCGGACGUUCAUAAGAUCCCCUGCCUUCCCUUGUAACAGACAAUAA